GGUGCCCGAGGAGAUGCCCAAGGGCUCGUUCGUGGGCGACGUGGCCAAGGACCUGGGGCUGCACCUGCUGGAGCUCAGCGAUCGCGGAGUGCGCAUCCUAAACAAAGGCAGGACGCAGUAUUUUGCUGUCCACGGGAAGACGGGACAUUUAGCGACGGCGGAGAGGAUCGACAGAGAGCAGCUUUGCCCACUGGAGGAGAAAUGCGUGCUGCGCUGUGAGCUGAUAGUGGAGGGACAAAUGCAGGUUUAUGGAAUCCAAGUGGAAAUAACGGACAUUAACGACAACGCGCCCAACUUUCGACAGGCAGAAAAAGACCUGAGAUUUAUGGAGACGACAGCGCCGGGGUCGCGGUUUCCCCUGCCAGACGCUCAUGACCCGGACUCGGGCCGGAAUUCCCUGCAGAGCUAUGAGCUGAGCGGCGACGAGCACUUCUCGCUGGCCGUGCAGGCGGGCCCCGGCGGCGAUCAGCGUCCCGAGCUGGUGCUGGCCAAGGUGCUGGACCGGGAGGAGGCGGCGUUUCACGAGCUGGUGCUGAGGGCGAUGGACGGCGGCGAUCCGGCACGGACGGGCACGGCUCGGAUCCGCGUGACGGUGCUGGACGCGAACGACAACGCGCCCGUGUUCAGCCAGGCGGAGUACACGGUGCGAGUGCCCGAGGACGUGCCCGUGGGCUCCACUCUUGUCACCGUCAUGGCUACGGACGCCGACGAGGGGAUGAAUGGGCAAGUGAAAUACAGCUUCCAUAAAAUUUCAGACCGUGCUUCAGAACUUUUUAAUCUCGACUCUGAGACCGGAGAAAUAAUUGUUAAGGACGACUUGGAUUUCGAGGAAAUCUCCUUCCACGAACUUGAGGUUCAGGCACAUGAUGGAGGAGAGCUUUUUGACACGGCGAAAGUCGCAAUCUCUGUGACAGAUGUCAAUGAUAACGUGCCCGAACUGACAGUAUCCUCGGCUGUGAGUGCAAUCUCCGAGGAUGCACAGCCGGGGACAGUUGUUGCACUGCUGAAGGUGCAGGAUGGCGACUCGGGGGCGAAUGGCCAGGUGCGCUGCUCGAUUGACAAAGACGUCCCGUUCCGGCUGGAGAAAUCCUAUGAGGACUACUACCGUGUGGUGACAGCGAGCGAGCUGGACCGGGAGCAGGUGUGGGAGUACAACGUGACGGUGCGGGCGGUGGACGGCGGGUCGCCGUCACUGCAGAGCAGCGCG